AAACAAUUCAUGGAAACAGCACGAAUGAGCUAUGCGCAAAAACAUAAUACUUUGGAAUGUAAUUGUAUUGGCAACUGUUAUUAUCACAACCACUGCGAAACCCAAGUAUAGCAAGUACGACGUGGUUCAAUACGAAGAACGAGACUUUUACGACGAUCCAAAAGUAUACGGGCAUGGUCCAUGGCGGUUCGAAAGACAUGGUUAUGGUGUCAAUUACGGAAUUAAAGAUCCUGGUAUAGCUUAUGAAAAGGGAUACGGAUAUAUAAAGGCAUUCGGUAGAGAUUUCUGUCCGUAUCCUAUUAAUCAGUGUGCUCAUUUCAAUCCGGAAAUAUUUCAAUAUAAUGGGGACAGGACAGAACCUUACUUUGGAUGGAGACCCAAAGGUACAACUGCUUCUGAUAUGUAUAAGGAUCCGUACAGAAAAGCUGGAAUCAUAGACGGUAGCUAUUUGAGUGGGCCUUAAAAAUAA